AUGGACGACGGAUUUGGGAAUAAUUCGAACUUCUUCCAAGGAGCUAAGGACAUUGCCAAUGAGGCCAAGAGGCACGGAAGGAUGCAGGACUCCUACAAUAGAUAUGAUGGUGGCGGGGACUAUGCCUCCUACGAUGGGGGCUAUUACAACGGUGGUGAGCCCCAAAUGCAGGAGGACGCUGACAGCGAUGCCACAGAAGGGCACGACGAAGAUGAUGAGAUCUAUGAAGGGGAAUAUCAGGGAAUCCCCCACCCCGAUGACAUUAAAGCCAAUCGGAGGGCAGCAGCUCAACCCGUUUCAGACGAGUACAGGGAUCAAGCAGACCUCAUGGCAGAGCGCAUAAAGGACGAGGAGCAGCUGGCGCACCAGUACGAGUCGAUCAUUGAGGAGUGCGGGCAUGGGCGUUUCCAGUGGACACUCUUCUUUGUCCUCGGCUUGGCUUUAAUGGCUGAUGGAGUGGAGGUGUUUGUGGUAGGCUUUGCACUGCCCACAGCGGAAAGAGACAUGUGCAUGUCAAACUCCAAUAAAGGAAUGCUGGGGUUAAUAGUGUAUUUGGGAAUGAUGUUUGGAGCCUUCAUCUGGGGAGGUCUGGCAGAUAAAAUGGGCAGAAGGUAUUGUCUCAUCAUCGCCUUGAGCAUCAAUGGCGUCUUUAUUAUCUUCUCAUCGUUUGUCCAAGGUUAUGGCAUCUUCCUGUUCUGCCGACUACUUUCAGGGGUUGGCAUUGGUGGCUCCAUCCCCAUUGUCUUUGCCUACUUCUCUGAAUUCUUGUCUCGUGAGAAGCGAGGGGAACACCUCAGCUGGCUCUGCAUGUUCUGGAUGAUCGGCGGGAUUUAUGCUUCAGUGAUGGCCUGGACCAUCAUCCCACAUUAUGGCUGGGGCUUCAGCAUGGGGUCGUCCUUCCAAUUCCACAGCUGGCGCCUGUUUGUCGUCGUGUGUGCGAUUCCUUGCCUCUCUGCCCUCAUUGGUCUUGUAUUCAUGCCAGAAAGCCCGCGAUACUUACUCGAGAUUGGGAAGCAUGACGAAGCCUGGAUGAUCUUAAAGCAGAUUUAUGACACAAACAUGAGAGCUAAAGGCCAUCCUGAAGCUGUGUUCACGGUAUCCCAUAUAAAAACCCCAAUACAAAUGGAUGAAUUCAUUGAGAUUCAGAGCUCAACGGGUACUUGGUUCCAGCGUUGGCUGGUCAGGAUUAUGACUGUAGUGAAGCAGGUCUGGCAGAAUAUGCUGCUGUGCUUUUUACCCAAGUACAGGAUGACAACUCUUUUCCUGGCGGUGGUUUGGUUUACUUUGUCCUUCAGCUACUAUGGACUGACUGUGUGGUUCCCAGACAUGAUCAAGUACUAUCAGAAUGAAGACUAUGAAUCCAGAAUGAAGACGUUCCACCAGGAGAGAGUUGAGCACUUCACAUUCAACUUCACACUGGAAAACCAGUUACACACAGAAGGAGAGUACAUUAAUGUCAGGUUCAUCGGGAUAAAAUUCAAAUCUGUGACCUUUGAAGACUCUCUGUUUGAGGAUUGCUACUUUGAAGACAUCACAUCAACCAACACUCAUUUCAAGAACUGUACCUUUGUGGCCACCAUCUUCUAUAACACAGAUCUCUUCAAGACGAGGUUUUACAACAGCAGGUUUGUAAACAGCACGUUCCUACACAGCAAGGAAGGCUGCCAGAUUGACUUCACCGAUGAUGCUGAAACUGCCUUUCUUACCUACCUGGUCAGUUUCCUAGGGUCUUUGGCUGUGUUGCCCGGAAACAUUGUAUCUGCCCUGUUUAUGGAUAAGGUUGGAAGGAUUAAGAUGAUUGGGGGAUCGAUGCUGUUGUCAGCCAUUACCUGCUUCUUCCUGUUUUUUGGGAGCAGCGAGUCAGCCAUGAUUGGAAUGCAGUGUCUGUUCUGUGGGGUCAGCAUAGCAGCGUGGAACGCAUUGGAUGUGAUCACAGUGGAGCUGUACUCUACAGAUAAAAGAGCAACAGCAUUUGGAAUUCUGAAUGGACUCUCCAAGUUUGCAGCCAUACUGGGUAUAUCUAUAUUUGCCUCCUUCGUGGAGAUAACUAAGGUGAUCCCCAUCUUGCUGGCUUCUAUCGCGUUAGUGGGAGGUGCCCUGCUCGGCCUCCGGCUUCCCGAGACCCGGGAGCAAGUUCUGAUGUGA